AUGGCACGGGCAACCACGGCAGCUGUAUCAUCACCACAUGCCACCAGCUACCGGUGGUGCUACGUGGAGCAGGUAGACCAGGUCGCUCCCGUCGUAGGCAGGAGCAACGGGUGGCGGGUUCGUAUCUCCUUCCCUUCGUCGCCGGGGCCGGGAUACAGGUGGUUCAACUCGCACCCCCUCGGAGGAGAUCCCAACCUGUACAAUUUUCAAACUUGGGCGAGGACGGUGCUGCAGGGAGGCAUGGUCCACCCGCGUGACGCCGAGGCUUGGCGCACGGCGUUUGUGGAGGUAGAGGGUGGUGGCCUUGGACAGCUGGUUGUGUCAGCGGCCGACGAGAGCUGGCGAGUAAUCCUCUGCUGGGCGUCAGCUGGCAGGAGGAUCGAAGUCGACACCGGCAUCCCGAUCUCUCUUGUGAGCCUCCAGGUCCGAUCUGGUAUCGACUCACAGAGCCCCUUUUUCAGACAGCUUAACAUAGCGACCUUCGGGCACAGAGUUGUGAGAUAUGCCCCCAUCACCGCAUUCGGCAAAAAAUGGCAGAAACAGCUUCCCGGAGCCUGUCUCGCUGUCCUCGUCGCCGACGUUUGGCGCGAUAGUCAAGUCUACCUGCUUAAAAAAACGAAGGAGAGGAGAAGGUUUGGAUUCCGCGAUGUAGAUCCCACGGGUGCGUUCAUGAUCUCAUCUCGUGGUGGUCGACCAAAAAAGGGCGCGCCUGUACACAACAAGAACGCUCUUGACGGUGGGAACUACUUCCGCAACCUGUAUUCGAUUCUACUGGAGCGAGACAUCGGGGAAGUAGAGUUCGACACAUGGGUUUCGGGGGAUGCAGAACCACCCGCCCUGACAUUACUGCAUCUCGAAAAGUGGCUCCAUAUGACCAACGCCAGCGUGGUGGUGUGGUCACAUCGGGGCACUGGUGCCAACAUUCUUGGACCAUCCGACGGGAAAACGAACCUCCAACCGCCCACACUACACGUUGGGGUUCGUGAGGGACACGUGUACCGGCUUGUGCUCGAGGGGCCUUGGGGAGACAGGUUUGGAUCGUCUCUAGACGUGGCAAUCGAUCACAGCGUACGAACUUACCGUAAAUUCCGUCGAAUUUCUGAGAUGACCGUGGAAGAACAGGAACCAGAUACGACUGGGUUUGGCACCAAGACCUUCUCGUGUGUCGCUGACAUUGUGAGUGAUAUCAUGGCCAUCAACCAAACAGGGGGGGACCACAACCGACAGCCAGUAGAAAAGCGGAAGCAUGGGAGGAAGGUAGCAGAAAGCAAGACGUGGUACGCGCCUCCAGGAACGGCCCUCGACGAACUCAUGCUCCACCUACACCUCGCUGGGGUCUCUUGCAAGGGUAAACUCACGAACUACAGUCGCUGGGAUUCACUGUCCUUACCAGCGCACGGUGUAGUCAUCCGAACCUGGUGCAGCGCGAGCAUGGGUGGGCUCGAUCCCGAUGACUUCGAGCCCGACCAGGCAACACGAUUGAUCGAGCUGCAUAAUGCCCUGGGUCUGAAGUUCCACCGCGGGGUAUUGGAUUUUCGAGUAUCGAGCCAGUACAGCCAGUCUCUGCUCGCCCUCCUUGAGGUGUGCUGGCGGGGGCCGAUCGUCGGGGCAGAGGACGCGUCCGGGAGUUCCUACGGAAGGGAAGACUGGCAAUGUGACAUAAACGGGGCCCACACGGCCGCCCUAAUGAACAUGGAGACGGUGCCCGUUUUCGGCCACAUGGAUGAGGUGGAGGAGUUCGAUGGCCACAACAUCGAGGAUUGGACGCUAUACACCAUCAAGCUGGACGCGCUCGGUGAGCCAGACGUAUUCCUUGAUGCGGAUGUGAUGCCGGUCUUCGGUCGAAACUACAAGCGUUACCUCGACCUCAUCGACAACGCGCCUCGCCAUAGAGUCACCCACUUCGUGCGACCAUCCAGAACGGUCAGCAGGUGCCACAUACCCAAACUUGUAAGAGACCUGCUCGCGCAUGAGCUGGAACGAACCUGGUACAGAGAUGGCUUCUGGGCGUUAGGUGCGCUCAUUCUCGACGAAACUCGAUUACGAGUGUUGGAGGCGAGGAACGCUCUCGAACUAUGCGGCGCGUCCGACUUUAGCUUCCAGUGUGACGCGGUGUUCUUCAGGGGAUCUUCUUCGGUGCAAGAAAAUAUGAGACUCCGCUUCAACCAGUUGUUUAGCGGCAACGACAAAACCCCCGGCACUCUCAAGUUUGAACCGGCAUUGAAGAACCCGCUGUGUGGAGAGAGGAGGGUGUUCGAAGGCAUCGUGGUCAAGCUAUCGCUGGAUGCGUUACCUCCGGCAAUGAGGAAAAUUCCUUGCUCGUUAAAACCCCGGCUUUUAGUGAUCCCUCUGUGGGAUGGCAUCGGCACCGGCUUCAGUUCGAUGGAAGAAGCUCACAACGCCUGGCGUCGUCUCGGCAAGAACACCAAGCGCAAUAUGUGGCCGGAAAUAUGCGAGGUUCAAGGAUUGUUUGUGCGGUGA